AUGGAUUUCCUCAUUUUAACGCGCCGUAGUCGCCCAGAUUUGCCCGCAGUUGUCUCGUCGGUCAGCUGAGUGCUAUUUUUAACGCCAAUUUAGGUUUUCUUGGGAAUUGUGACUGAAAAAGACCGUCCGAAAUGCCGAACAUCGUCAACGAAAUCAAACUGGACUUCAAAGAUGUGCUUUUAAGGCCGAAACGAUCCACUUUACGCAGUAGGAACGAUGUAAAUUUGCACAGACACAUUACUUUUAGGAAUUCUAAACAAGAUUAUAAUGGAAUACCUGUGAUGGCAUCAAAUAUGGACACUGUGGGCACGUUUGAGAUGGCCAAAGCUCUGUCAAAGCAUGGACUGUUCACGUGUAUUCACAAAUACUACACGGUGGACCAAUGGCGAAAAUUUGCUGAGCAAAAUCCAGACGUGUUGAAAAACAUAGCUGCCAGUUCUGGAAUGGCCGAAAAUGACUUCCUCAGACUUUCCGAAAUACUAAACGCUGUUCCGGAGUUAACUUUCAUAUGUCUGGAUGUAGCAAACGGGUACUCACAACAUUUCGUAGACUAUGUAAGAAAAGUUAGAUCUUCCUUCCCAACUCACACCAUUAUAGCAGGCAAUGUAGUGACAGGAGAAAUGGUAGAAGAACUGAUACUGUCAGGUGCUGACAUUAUCAAAGUAGGUAUAGGUCCAGGGUCCGUGUGUACCACUAGGAUUAAAACUGGAGUGGGUUAUCCACAACUUUCCGCUGUGAUAGAGUGUGCCGAUGCAGCUCACGGACUUCAAGGACACAUAAUCGCCGAUGGAGGCUGUACGUGUCCGGGCGAUGUUGCCAAAGCUUUCGGCGCAGGGGCGGACUUUGUUAUGGCGGGAGGCAUGUUCGCAGGCCAUGAUCAGUGCGACGGCGAAGUGAUCGAGAAAAAUGGAAAGAAAUUCAAACUAUUCUACGGUAUGAGUUCCGAUACGGCCAUGGAGAAACACGCAGGUGGUGUAGCUGAAUACAGAUCUUCUGAGGGUAAAACUGUAGAAGUGCCUUACAGGGGUGACGUAGAGGUUACAGUUCUGGACAUUUUGGGCGGCCUAAGGAGCGCCUGCACUUAUACGGGGGCGGCGAAACUGAAGGAACUACCCAGGAGGGCCACUUUCAUCAGGUGUACCCAGCAAGUCAACACUAUAUACAGCUAGAGAAUUUAAAAGCGCUUUAAAAAUGUUGGGUUUUUCAUUUUAUUUUCUCCAGCAAAAUGAAAAAAGCGAUGAUUGAUAUAGUGGAUUUAUUUUUACCCUUUGUCCUACAGGGUGUUUCAGAGCUCGAUCUUUAAAAUUUGAAAAAUCCUUUUAAAUUAUUUAUAAUUUUAAGUAUACUAUAUUGCAGGGUGUAAAUGAAUUAGAAUGUGCGCUUUUUAUUUUUUACUUAACUCUUAACUACCUAAGAGUUACUUUUACCAAAAAAAAUAUAUUUUUCUUGGCAAUUUUAAUAAAACUUUUUAGUGACACAGGUUCAUUCUCCUGAAAUUUCCUUACAGUGUAUUGAAGCCUUGCAAUGUUGCCACCUCUACACUUGCCACCUACGACAUUCUACAGACUUCUGAAUUUAUGCGCACUUAUAUUCAUUACACCCUGUAUACUCUUUAUUUUUGGUUGAUAUUCCUUAAGUAUACAGUGGUAAAUAAAAGAAAUGUUGAGUUUCAAUUUUUGUUGUUUGAAAAUGUACUCUUUUUUUGUGAUUGUACAAAAAAAGGAAAAUUAUAGCACAAUCUCAUUUUGUUUAUAAAAAUAUUGUAUAAAAGUAUUAAAAAUUAAAAAAGACAAACAAAUUAUUACAAACAAGGAGAACCUUUUUUCUGUACUAUAUAAUUAUUUUAUAUUAAAAAAAACUUUUUGAAUUAUUGAUUUAGUUUUAUAAAUUAUAUACAGUGAUGCACAAAAUAUUCUCCACUUACUAAUAAAAAGACAAAAAUAUCAAUAUAAUACAACAUUAGAGUGUUUAAAAAUGCCUUUUAAAUGUAGAAAAAACCUUAAAAUGUUCUGAAACUUUUGAAAAACAUUUUUUAUCUUCCUAUUGCUGACUUUCGUAAUGUUGCCAAGCUUUGGAAACAGUCGUACAUUCUAAGAAUUUUUUUCUUUGCUUUAUUAUAUUUGUAUUAUAGUUAAUGUAUUAAAUUGUGUAUUUUUAUGUACUUUUUAGAGUUUUAUUUUUUAUAAGUGCAUUAUUAUAUUAGUAGCUCCCUCAGGUAUGAUUAUUUUAUUAAAACAGUUCAACAAACUUUUAAAUAAUAAUUUGGUAAUAUGCUUAAUAGAAAUAGCUGAAAAAAUCACUGAAGAUAUUUAAAAAGUUUACAAUCAAACGCAGCUAUGUUGCCAGGUCGUUAAAUAGUCGCACAAUUAAAGGUUUUUAUACUUUAAUGUACCAAAGGAAAAUUUCUGUUUUAGUUCUUUUCUUUUAAGUAAAUAUUUAUACUUAAACAAGAAUUAGGAAGAGGAUCUAUAUUUUUUAAGGUUAUAUAGCCAGAUUUAAUGUUAUUUUAAGAUAGUAUAAUAAUAUAAACACACAGAAAUAGGUAUAAUUUAAUAUAAUAAAUAUAUUUUUGUAUUCUUGUUUAGUGAUGUCAUGUGUGUUAAACAAUCUGUCUUUUUCUUUAAAUAUAGGUAAAAAUAGUAGAUCUUGGCAACACUGCCGCAUUGCGAUUCGAAAAACAAUAGUCAUUAUUAAGGAACAAUACUGUUUGAAAACAUGAUACUACAAAAUUCUUACAAUUAUUUCAUAUGGUGCCUCUCAAUUGUAAUUAUUGCACAAUGAAAAUUAAAUUUUUGGUGAUUUUUGAAAGAUGAUUCAAGUAAAAAUAUGAUAAAUCAUUUCCUCUAUUGUGUUUUAUUAAUUUUACAGGUAUUUUAGUUUCAAGAUUUUGGCACAAAUAAAUAUGUAAUAAUAUGAAAAGUAAUUUUGUUAAAAUAAAGUUGUUUGUUAGA